GCACGGCGCUGGGCGCGGAGAACCGCCAUGCCGCCGCGGCGCAGCAUCGUGGAGGUGAAGGUGCUGGACGUGCAGAAGCGGCGCGUGCCCAACAAGCAUUAUGUCUACAUCAUCCGAGUCACGUGGUCCAGCGGCACCACAGAGGCCAUCUACCGGCGCUACAGCAAGUUCUUCGACCUCCAGAUGCAGAUGCUGGACAAGUUCCCCAUGGAAGGAGGACAGAAGGAUCCCAAGCAGAGGAUCAUUCCAUUUCUGCCAGGCAAAAUCCUCUUCCGCCGCAGCCACAUCCGGGACGUGGCUGUCAAACGCCUGAUACCGAUUGACGAGUACUGUAAGGCCCUGAUCCAGCUGCCCCCCUACAUCUCUCAGUGUGAUGAGGUACUGCAGUUUUUUGAGACAAGACCUGAGGACCUGAAUCCUCCCAAAGAAGAGCAUAUUGGGAAGAAGAAAUCAGGGAGUGACCUGACCUCAGUGGACCCCAUGGUCCUGGAGCAGUAUGUGGUGGUGGCAGAUUAUCAGAAGCAGGAGAGCUCAGAGAUCAGCCUCAGCGUGGGCCAAGUAGUGGACAUCAUUGAGAAGAAUGAGUCAGGUUGGUGGUUCGUCAGCACCGCUGAGGAGCAAGGCUGGGUUCCUGCGACCUGCCUCGAGGGCCAGGACGGGGUGCAAGAUGAGUUUUCCCUCCAGCCUGAGGAAGAGGAGAAGUAUACAGUCAUCUACCCAUACACAGCUCGUGACCAGGACGAAAUGAACCUAGAGCGAGGGGCUGUGGUGGAAGUCAUCCAGAAGAACCUGGAAGGCUGGUGGAAGAUCAGGUUCCAGGGCAAAGAGGGCUGGGCCCCUGCUUCCUACCUAAAGAAGAGCAGCGGGGAGCCCUUGCCCCCAAAGCUGGGCCCCAGCUCAUCUGCCCACUCAGGGGCCCUCGACCUGGAUGGUGUUUCUCGGCAGCAGAAUGCUCUGGGCAGGGAGAAGGAGCUGCUCAACAACCAGAGGGAUGGCCGGUUUGAAAGUCGCCUGGUGCCAGAUGGUGACGUUAAGCAGAGAUCACCAAAGAUGAGGCAGAGACCCCCUCCUCGCCGGGACAUGACCAUUCCUCGAGGCCUCAACCUGCCGAAGCCUCCCAUCCCGCCCCAGGUGGAAGAAGAGUAUUACACCAUUGCAGAGUUCCAGACCACCAUCCCAGACGGCAUCAGCUUCCAGGCCGGCCUGAAGGUCGAGGUGAUUGAGAAGAGUUUAAGUGGUUGGUGGUACAUUCAGAUGGACGAUAAGGAGGGAUGGGCUCCAGCAACCUUCAUUGACAAGUACAAGAAGACCAGCAGAGCCUCAAGACCCAACUUCCUGGCUCCCCUGCCUCAUGAGAUGACUCAGCUCCGGCUUGGGGAUGCAGCUGCAAUGGAGAACAGUCUGGGUCCAGAAGCAGUGGGGCCCUCCAGGCCCCUGCCCGAGGCACCACAUGGUGCUAUGGACUCUGGGAUGCUGUGGUCCAAAGACUGGAAAGGGGGAAAAGAGGCCCCAAGAAAGGCAUCUUCAGACCUGUCUGCAUCAGCAGGCUAUGAGGAGAUCUCAGACCCCACACAGGAGGAGAAGCCCAGCCUCCCUCCACGCAAAGAGUCCAUCAUCAAGUCCGAAGAGGAGCUGCUGGAGAGGGAGAGACAGAAGAUGGAGCCACUCCGGGGCUCCUCCCCCAAGCCACCUGGCAUGAUUUUGCCAAUGAUUCCGGCCAAGCAGGCCUCGCCGGCCCGGGACAGCAGGAAGCCAGAGCCCAAACCCGACAAAACCAAGUUGUUCCCACUGAAAAACGACAUGGGACUGGAGUGUGGCCACAAGGUGCUGGCCAAGGAAGUGAAGAAGCCCAACCUCCGUCCUGUCCCCAGGUCCAAAGCCGAGCUGCCCGAGGAGAAGGCUUCGGAAGCCACUCCCCAAAAUCUGUUCUUGAAGUCUAGACCUCAGGUUAGGCCCAAACCAACUCCUUCCCCCAAGACGGAGCCAGCUCAGAGGGAAGAUCAAGUGGACAUCUACAACUUCAGGAGCAAGCUCAGACCUGCCAAGUCCCAGGAGAAAGCCUUAUUGGAUGGGGAGAGCCACCAUGCUGCUGGGGGCCAUGACGCAGCUCUCAGCCGAAGCUUCCUUCCAGCGGAGGGACCUGGCCGUGGUCAGGACAGGUCUGGCCGACAGGAUGGGCUGAGUCCAAAGGAGACACCCUGCAGAGCCUCUCCCAGGCCGGCCAAGACCACGGACCCUGCACCCAAAAGUUUGCCUAUGCCUGUCCAAGAAGCUACCCAGCAAAGACCCGUGGUCCCUCCUCGGAGACCCCCACCCCCCAAGAAGACCUCCUCAUCACCGUUGUUGUGCAGGCCCCUCCCAGAGGUCAGAGGACCACAGCGUGAAGCCAACGAAAGCCGGGCCGUUCCUGCCCCAGGCCGUGCCCUCCUUGUCCCUCCGAAAGCCAAACCCUUCCUGACCAGCUCCUCCUCCUCGGCAGGCCAGGGUGACGUGCGAAGCAAAGGUGGGCUGGGGCCACGCCUGGCCGGCAAGGUGGGAGAAAACCGAGAGAAAGCAGCCUCCUUCCUCAAUGCCGAUGGCCCAAAGGACUCACUGUAUGUGGCUGUGGCCAACUUUGAAGGAGACGAAGACACCAGCAGCUUCCAAGAAGGGACAGUGUUUGAAGUUCGGGAGAAGAACAGCAGUGGCUGGUGGUUCUGCCAGGUCCUCAGCGGGGCUCCUUCCUGGGAAGGCUGGAUUCCUUCCAACUACCUCCGGAAGAAACCUUAGCUUCCCCACCCUGCCCAGAGACCCCGCAGUCCCUGCCGGCCUCUCCCACGUAUUUAAUAUGCAUCUUAAUUUAUCAGUCUCCACACAGUUUCAAGGAAGGAGGCCACUGGGGUGCUGUGGCUUCUUCCCUCCCAGAGUGGAGAAUGCUUGGUGCAGAGAUGUCCUGUCACCUGGGGUCUGAUUCUCCUGUUGUGGCACCCCCCAAAAGGCUCGAAAGCCACACAGCCUUUGCUAGGUAGAGAUCACAUCAACAUCUUUCUCUAUAGUAGCACCCAUCCUCCUAGUCAAUAGCAUUGUCACCUAGGAGCAGGACAGUGACACUCAGAUCUCCAGGUCUGAGACCUGUCACCUGGAGAGCUUCCAGACUGCACCCCAGUGCUCAGAUGUGGCAUAGAGGGACAGCCCACACGGCCUGCGACAACUCUAACGUCUCCAUGUUUCCGGAAGCCCGGUAGUGGCUUUGUUCAGUGUUCCCAGAAUGCCUGGUACCCGGAAGAACCGUGUCCUGAAGGACUCGGCUUCCAGGCUUUCUGUUUCUACGUCCUGACCAGAUGCAGCUUCCGUGAAGUGAUCCUGGAGAUUCACUCACUCAUCCCGCCUCCCGUCUGCCUUGGACCAGGAUCAGUCCUAAAGGAGCAUGCCUCACUUCACUGCUGCAGCCUCUGGUCCAUCCAGGGCUUUGAAAUUACAAAAGCCUCCCAGUCCCACCUCCCCCAGUCCCUAAAACAAGUCUCCAAGUUUGUUUAAGUAAGGGGCCCUUUGCAAGGCAUACAGCCUGUGAGAGCUUUUUUCCCUAGUAGGUGCCAAACUGCCCUUGGGCUUUUGCCUUCAUGUCCAAACCUUCAACCAGCCCCCACUGUUCUAUCGCACCCAUUUUCCAGAUGAGAAAACGCAGGCUAUACGGGCCCCAGGACGUACCAGCUAGGAAGAGGAGGGGGAGGAGGUUCGAGUCCAGGCCUGCCUGAUUCCAACACCCAUGUUCUUCUGGCAAGAACAAGCCGGUGAGGGAGGAGAGGCGGGUUGACCAGGGCAGAUGGCCUGGGGGCUUCCUUGUGGUAUGAGCAAGGGGACAGUAGUGACUGCCCUAGACUUGUGGCUGCUUCUCCGGGGCAGGGUAUGCCCUGGAUCCUUGGUAGCUGGCACAGAGCCUGUAGGCUGGUACCCCAUGUGGGGAUGGGGAAUACGGAGAGCGGAGGCAGUGUCUCUUGGUGGUUUAAAGAGGGCUCUGGUGGCCAAGGACCAGCAGCCGGGUCUGUGGUAAACUAAGCAGAGCAGUAGUAGCCAAGACCCUGCAGUAGCCAAGACUCUUGCCCCCGGCAGGUGUGGCUUCCUGGAGAACUGCCCAGGGCAGCCCUUCCCUAUUUUGACUAAAUAGACUUAACUGGGACCUCAAGAGGUCUGCUUAGCUAUCACAGGGCUAAAAUCAGGACUCAGAUUUCUAGCCCCCAGCCCAGAGCAACUUGUACCUAUGAACAGGCUUCCUGUAACAGAGGGGUGGGGUUGAGAGAACAGAACUCCAUCUCAUCCCAAAGACCCUGCAGAAGAGGCUGCCCUGUCCUGCUCUAUGCCUACCCCAGGAAUCUCUCUCACUCGCACACACCCUUCUUUUAUUAACCUGUGCUUUGGGAACCACAAAGCCCAUUUUUCAAGGUGUUUGCAUCCUACCUGCAGUGCCAAAGAUUUUGUGCAAGCAGAUCUCUUCUGCGCCCCCACCCCUCCCCAGCCCCGUCUCUGUGCCCCUCUGACCCAUGGUGGCACGUGGCUCUGUUCCUCUGCUCAGCCCCCCCACC